CGCCGCUGACAGGAGGAUGGUGCGCUGCAUUCCCAUCAUUCUAUGAGGACAACCUGCGCAUCCACCACCCAGAAGGAGACUCCGAGCCGUACGAACAUUUAACAUAUCCCAAGUUGAGAUCUUUAUCUUCCACCAUGUCAGCUGGAGGAGAUUUGGGGAACCCCCUGAGGAAAUUUAAACUCGUAUUUUUGGGAGAGCAGAGCGUGGGAAAAACAUCUCUCAUCACCAGAUUCAUGUAUGACAGUUUUGAUAACACAUAUCAGGCCACCAUUGGAAUUGACUUCCUAUCAAAGACCAUGUACCUGGAAGACCGGACAGUACGGCUGCAGCUGUGGGAUACAGCUGGACAGGAGCGCUUUAGGAGCCUUAUUCCAAGCUACAUACGGGACUCUACAGUGGCUGUGGUUGUGUAUGACAUUACAAAUGUGAAUUCAUUCCAGCAGACCUGCAAAUGGAUUGAUGAUGUCAGGACAGAGAGAGGGAGUGAUGUUAUCAUCAUGCUAGUAGGCAACAAGACAGAUUUGGAGGAGAAGAGGCAAAUCACGAUCGAGGAAGGAGAGCAGCGAGCCAAAGAGCUGAACGUCAUGUUCAUCGAGACCAGUGCCAAGACAGGCUGCAAUGUCAAACAGCUGUUUCGUCGAGUUGCAGCAGCCCUACCUGGGAUGGAGAGCUUGGACGACGCAAACCCUGAAGGCAUGAUCGACAUCAAGCUGGACAAACCAGCAGAGCCCACCGUCCCUGAGGGUGGGUGCUCGUGUUAAUGCAGAGCUUUGCUUCAACAGCUCCCUUCACACCAUAGGCUUGUUGUGUUGCUUAUUACUGGUUAGCUUCCAGUUGACUUCUCUAAUUGGAUAUAGGAUCUGGGGCUUGUAUCUGAUUGGAUAAAUCAAAUGUUAUCUUUCAGUCUUGUUUAGUUGUAAGAUAUUGUAUACUUUGUCAAUAUGUAAGUGACUGGAGGAGAAAAAGGGAAGAAAAAAAAAAUACUGCAAUGAAAAUUAACAAAAAACAGUUUGGGAGAAAUAAAAAAGAAAAAAAAACAGAGAAAAACAGGACAACCGGAGGAUUUCUUUUCGCUGUUAUGUUUUGUAUUUUUUAUAUAUAAAAGGGAAAGCACCAAAAAUGAUGCCUAAACACAAUAGGAGAAAACGUUGGGGGUCAGCCACUUUGCAGAUGGCUGAACACGUCUGAAUGUCUGCAGCACGCAUGCACGCUGAUCUGAUCUUUGAUCUUCGAUCUUUGACCUUUGGCCUGCCCUCCAGGGUCUCCAUGCUCUGGAAGGGGGCUGACUAUCUAAGAAUGUUUUAUAGCAUCUCUCUAUAGCAUCUCAUGACAAAACGUAUCACAUUUGACAUUCCCACAAGAGUCAACUUUCAGUAGAUUCACCUAACAGUAGCUGUGAAAAUGUGGCACUCUAUCUCUCUAUGGGUUUAUCUUUUAUAGAACAAACUGUACUGUGGUUAAAAAAAAGGUGAUAAUAAAAAGACAACUUACUAUCACAACUUCCCAUCCCUACAUAGCUCUCUGCUGUUCCUUGCUCCUUCUCUCUCUUCCUCUCUCCUUCCAGUUUUCCCCAUCCCUCCAUCCCGGUAAUACACAUAUGAAAACCCACUGUAAUGCACUGCACUGUAUAUAAUAAUGUAAUAUGUAUGUUGUGAACGUCCCUCUGUAGAAGUGGUCCUUGUUCACCAGUAUGAAUUAUGUAAUAAUGUUUAACGAUUAAUAAAUUACAGAUUAAAGGGCUUCACUCUCC